GCACGGAACGUCAGGCAACCAACUCAUCAAGGCUAUGUAUUGGGAUCGUUACGGGAAGCGCUUGCCCAUAGGUAUAAAACAUGAGCAUCACUAAUAGUUCGGAUCCUACUUCUGCCUCGCAAACUUGUCACCAUGCCAUCCAAGGCCCGAGCAUUGUUCGAGCUCACCAGGCUUCACUGGUUCCCUGUUGGGUGCGACUUCAUGUUCUGGCCCUUCGCUUGGGGUUCCCUGUCGGCGUCCUAUCGUGUGGCAUUGCCUAUGAGCGACGUCGUGAAAAAUACCUUGUUCUAUGCAUUGAUAGGCAUACUAGUACACAGCGCAGGUUGUGUGAUAAAUGACAUACUCGACCGGGACUUUGACCGCAAAGUUGAACGUUCGAAGGGCCGACCAAUCGCCUCGGGAGCCGUUACCAGGACUGAGGCUUCAAUUCUUCUUGCGGUUCUUGUUACCGCCAUCUUUUACAUGUUUUCAACUGCUGGUUCAACAGCCUUCACACUCGGUGUUGUCGGGCUCCCAACUUGUGGUGGGGCGUAUCCGCUGAUGAAGCGCUGGAUGUACUGGCCUUCUCUGUUCCUAGGUUUUGCUGCUAGCUGGGCCGUCCCAUUCACUUGGGUCGCAACGACGGGUCAGUUCAAUUGGGGCAUGAUCCUGAAUGUGGCGAUUGCAUCCUGCUGCUGGACAUGUCUUUACGACACCAUUUACGCUUGUCAGGACAAGAAGGACGACGAGAAAGCCGGAGUCAAGUCCAUGGCGGUUCGUCUGGGCGACGGCAUUCGUCCUGUACUGAGUUUAUUUGACGUAACCUUCCUCGUGUGCAUGAUGUAUGCGGGGUACUUGAACGACCAGCGUCUUCCGUUCUACGUGAUCAGUGUCAUCGCGCCGUUCCUGCUCUGUCUCUGGCACAUAUGGUCAUUUGACCAUAAUGAUCCCAAAGAUAGCUGGAAGAAAUUCACGGCAGGCCGUCACGGUGCGGCGAUGGUUUGCGUUGGAUUGGUCGUGGACCACUACUUUAAACUCGCAUCGCUCACCGCUUAAGCAUACACCUCUGAUCUAGUUUCACAUUUCACUAGAUGAUAUGUUUCGAGUUCUCUGAAUAGACGGCCAACACCAAUACCAGCCUAAUGUCUUCCUGUGCACCAGGAAUCAUCAUAUGAAUGUUACUUACCGUGUGAUAUGUACUGUUCUGUUUC